AUGGAUCCUUUGGGUUUCUUCAAUUCGAAUCAUUUGUUAAUGGUAUCUUAUCUAUCUAUAUAUCUAUUCCACACAGUUCAUCAAUCGUAUCGUUCAUUUGUAAUGAUCGAUAUCAAUUGUCACCUAGUAGUUGGCAAUAACAGUAGUAGUAAUAACACAAUCAAAUUCAGUGUAAAUGAUUCAACAACAGUAUCACAAUUUAAAGCAAAGAUUGCUCAACAAGCUGCAAAGGAAUUAAAUAUACAUCUACAGAUUGCAUCGACAACUAAUGUUUUGAAUGAUACUGGUGCUGGUGCUGGUGCAGGAGCAUGUUCUUCAUUUACUGUAUCAUUGUCUCCAUCAAUGGAGCAGUCUCAGCUAAAGUCGGUGGCAUGGACCAAGUUACUAUCGAUCGAUGUCAUCAAGAAACAGAUAUCUCGUAGCUCAGAAAUACACUUUUAUAUUUGGCCAUCAACCACCACCUCUUCACCCAACACUAGUACUAAUAAUAUGACCUCUAAUGCCUCCAAUGUCAGUAAAAGAAUUACUCAAUUUAAUAGUCAAUCUUCAUUGGCCAAUGCCAUCCCAACUCCUACAACCAAUAAUAACAGUACUAGUCCAUCCAAAGACACUAUAAAACCUAGUACAUCACCAUCUAAUACUAAUACAAAUGGUACUGCAGCUGGUACACUUAGUAGUAAAGAAAAUUAUGCACUCCGUCCAAAACCAACCUUUAAGAAAUCAAAAUCUGAUCUAUUAGAAACCUUUAGACAAUAUAAACAACAAUUUAAUCAUCAUCAACAACAACCUCAACAACUACAACAACAGACUAUACAACCAUUGAAAACGUCAACAACCAAUGCACCACCACUUCCACCUCGAACACAUACCAUCAUGCCUGGAAUGCUCAAUGGCAAUGAUUUUAAAGCAAUGUUUAAUAGCAAUGGUAAUGGUGUAAGUGGUACUAGUAAUUAUAACUACCCUUUACCUGCAUUUGAAAAUCAUAAUAAUAAUAAUAAUAAUAAUAAUACUAUAUCAACCAAGAUUGAUAUUAAAGAUGGUCAAUCUCCUCCAACAAUGGUCAUUACUCCACCUUUUAAUAGUAUUAAUCAUAAUAAUAGUAAUAAUAAUAAUAAUAAUAAUAAUGGUACACGUUCAAGACCAAUAUCACCUCAACCACCUCAACAACAACAACAACAACAACAACAACAACAACAACAACCAAAUGGAACCAAUCAUUAUUCAAUUCCAACAGGUCAAUUGGGAUAUAGAGAAUCAUUGAUUUCAAAUAGUGGAUUAUCACCUAGAGGUCCUGGGAAUGGUAAUACUAAUAUGAAUACGAUGGUUGUUGGAUCACCAGGUGGUAAUAAUGGUGUAUUAAGAUACCAAGCACGUGGAGAAAGACCUACCUCACCCAUUCCAUCCGACUCUAAUUAUGGUGACAAGUUGGAUUAUCUAAACACUGUACAAGAGUUAAAAUCUGGCAACUAUACAUUGGACUCCAAAUUGCUCGAUGAAAUGGUAAACAAUAUAAGUUUGGAGAACAACAAAAGAGCAAGAGAAUCUGAAAAUCGUCUUAAAAAGAGAUCAUCUAGUUUUACAUUCAGUAGUAGAGAUAGUCAAGGUAAUGCAAUGAUUCCAGGUUACGAAUAUUAUUAUAAUACAAAUCAACAACAACAACAAGGUCAAAGUCAAGGUCAAAAUCAAAUUAAUAAUAAUAAUAAUCCAAGUCAAUUAAAUCGAGAUAGUGGAAUGAUGUUUUUAUUAAAUAGUCCAUCUACUACAACUACAACAUCAACAACAACAAGAUCUACAUUAACAAGUCCAAUUAAUACCAAUUCAAUGAUGGUCAAUUCAAAUAAUACAACAUCUGCUUCAACUGCCACCACCAACUCGACUGUUCCAUAUAAUAAUAAUAAUUCAAUUGGAGAAAUUAUACCUAGUUUUACAUCAUUCAAGAGACAAAGUUUAUUGGAACCAAUCAUACAUUCAGGUGAAUUGUAUAAAAAGAAUACUAGAGUUGGAUGGAAAAAGAGAUGGUUUAUUUUAACGUCAAAGAAAUUAAUUUAUGGUCCCACCCAGAGUGAAUAUUCACGAGAGAUGGCAAUCAAUGAUUAUAUCCUAAGCGAUCAAUCACCUCAGGGUAAAUACUUUUGCUUUAGUUUGGUGUCAAAUGCCGGUAGUAAUGUUCACCUAUUUGGAACGGAAAGUGAUGAACAAAAGAAGGAUUGGUUGAAAGCUCUUACCAUUGCAUCUCAUACUCUUAAUAUUACUUUGGAUUUAGUUGGUGUUGAGACUGUAUCCAUUCCAAUUACAAAAAAACAUCAAUCUUCAAAUUUAGAAAAAGAAUUUGAAUAUCAUAAACAAAUACCAUCAGAAAUUAGAGUACAUUAUUUAUCAGAUGAUAUUGCAUUGUUUAGAUCGAAAAUGUUAAAAUUAAUCAAGGCAACUAGUAAAUGGCAAUUCUUGACUGACCACAAGGUUGGAGCUGAUUUAUGUUUUGGUGCAUCACAUCAAAGUCAACAGACUCCUCCAAAGAUUGGGGUUGAAACUACUACUACUGUGGCACCUCAACUCACAAGAGGACAUAGUAAAAGUUUUGGAAGUCAUUUGGCAAAUCGUCCAAACUUUAAUGUAAAUAGUCUAGUCACUCCUCCUGCCAACACCACCCCCUAUAAUCCAAAUAUUCAAAUUACAUCUGUACUCGUAAAACCACAAACUGCAAUUGAUACCAAUGAUAAAGAUGUUGUAAAAGUUAGACUUGUCAUUCAUCAUAAUGGUUUAAUGAUUAAAUUUUUAGUUGGUUUGAAUCAAACAUUUGGAUCAAUAUUAAAUGUUAGACCAGAUUUAUUUCAAAAUGAUCCAAUGAAAUAUGGAUUGGUAGUAUUGGGAUCGAUGGAACAUGUAUUUAAUAUGAAUUUAAAACUUUCGGAUUUAGUCUAUGUUAGACGGUGUAUAAGAUUUAGAAAGGUAAUUAGAUUGGCAACGGUUGAUGCGGCAAUGGUCAGCAGGUUGUUUGUACCCAAUGUGAUGAAUGAAAUGGAGUGGUCAUCAUUCCUUGGUACAGUUAAUCAUUUUCAAGAGGAUCAAAUGGAUAGUAUAAGUGCUCAUGUUAUCAGGGCCAAGAAGAGUCUCCCACCAGGUGUCAGUAAUACAAAACUGGUCAUUACAGUUGCGAGUGUUGGAAACCUUGCACCUCUACUCAGACAACACAACGUCACAGUUCAUCAAAUGAACAAAGUACCAAUGUUUGUCGAAAUCAGUGUACUCUAUGGUGACAAUCUUUUGGCCAAAGGAAGAACCUCGUCAGUGCCCGUUGGAGAAUGGAACGAAAAACUAUAUUUUAAUAUUAAAUUGGUCGAUCUUCCAAAAGAAUGUAUAUUUUCAACUCUUUUGUUUGCAAAACUUCCAUCGUCUAGUGAACCAAUUGUCAUUGCUCAAUACCAUUUCCUAAUUCAAAGUCAAGAUGGUAAAAAAAUUAUUUAUAAUGAAUUGGAAUUACCUUUAUUACCAAUAAAUAUUAAAUCACCAGUAAUUACAAUGAAUGAUAAUGUUGGAGGAGUAAUAUUAAAUAAUGAAUCUAUGCAACAAUCAGUAUUGGCCAAUCAAGCAACCCUUAAACUAUUGUUUAGUGGUGUGUCUUCAACCAAUGGUGUUCAUCCAAUCUAUUUUGAAGAUCCAGAUUUCUCAAACUCACCAAAUGUUAUUAGUCCAACUCUACCGGAUCAAUCGGAAAUCAAGGUAUUGGAAAAUAUCCUUCACACUCACAGAACCUUUUUAAAGACCAACGACAAAUCAACUCUUUACAAGUACAGAUUUUACUGUAAAACUCAUUAUCCAAAUAUUUUACCAUCUUUAUUAUAUUCAAUUUCAAUGACUGAUUAUCAAAAUAGAUAUGAUGUUUAUGAGUUAUUAAAAGGAUGGCCAACAUUGGAUCCAAAUUAUGGAUUGGAAUUAUUAAGUAGUGAUUUUAUUGAUUCAAGAAUUAGAGAAAAAGGAAUUGAAUCUAUUAAUCAAUGGGAUGAUAAUUUAUUAUCUUUAUAUUUACCUCAAAUUAUUCAAUCAUUAAAAUAUGAAUGUACACAUUAUUCUUCAUUAUCAUGUUUUAUAAUUAAAAGAUCAUUAUGUAAUCCAUUUAAAAUUGGUGAUCCUGCUUUUUGGUUAUGUGCUAAUGAAAUUCAAGAAUUAACAAGUAAAGAUAAAUUCUUUAUACCAAUUAGAUACAAGUUGGUUAUGGAAGCAUUAUUGUAUGGACUUGGAUUAUCACAUACACAAGGUUCUUUGAUUGGUCAAUCUAUUCUUCACCAAUAUCUAAUGAUUCAAAUACUUAAACAAAUCAACUUGGAUAUCAUCAAAGAACCAGACAAACAACAAAAGAUUCUCGAACAAAGACUGGCAAGUCUACCUAAAAAGUUUACUCUUCCAACACAUCCUCUUCAAGAAUUUAAUUCUUUUAUCGUCGAGGAAUGUAAAGUCAAAGAUUCAAAUGCUGCUCCACUUUGGUUGGUUUUCAAUUCUGUUACUCCUGGUGCAGAUGAUACUAAAGUUAUCUUUAAAAAGGAUGAUGUUAGACCUGAUGAAUUAUGUUUACAAUUAUUUACUGUUAUGGAUAAUAUUUUAAAAGAAAAUGGACUUAAUUGUCAUUUUACUAUAUUUAAAUGUAUAUCAGUUGGUAGUGGAUUGGGUAUUAUUGAAGUUGUUCCAAACAGUGUCACACUUGCAGAUUUUAUUCGUGAUCAACCUAAAUACCAUAGCAUUGAAGAAUGGUUAAAGAAACACAAUGAAAAGAACCCAAAUUAUUUGGAUAUCUUUUUAACAUCUUGUGCUGCUUAUGCUGUGGCUACUCAUAUUCUUGGUAUCUAUGAUCGUCAUAAUGACAAUUUGAUGGUUUCAAAUACUGGUCAUUUCUUCCAUAUUGAUUUUGGAUAUUUCCUUGGACAAGUUACUAAAUUCUUCUUUUUCGAUAGAGAGACAGCACAUUUUGUAUUUCCAAAAGAGAUUGUAAAGGUUAUUGGUCAUCGAGAACAAGAGUUUAAAGAUUGUUGUUGCAAGAUUUACAAUAUUUUCCGUGAAAAUAGUCGUCUCUUAUUAAACCUCAUUUCAAUGGCAAACAGUGCCUAUGCACAGUCAGGUGCCGAGUUGUUAAAAGAUCGUCUCAGACUUGACCUCACAAAUGAAGAUGCUGCCAACCAUAUGCUCAAAUUGGUCCGUGAAAGUAAAGGAAAUAUAAGAGUUGAAAUUAACAACCAAAUUCAUGUUAUGAUUCAUCCAAAUUUAAAAAUAAAAAAGCCACCAAGUUUAUUCAAUAAUAAUAAUAAUAAUAGAUUAAAUAUGAUAACCCUUCCAAAAAUACCUAUCACAGAUAAAAUCUUUUCAGAACCAGAAGAUGAAUUGUUAAACAUCAGGAUAGUGAUGAGACAAAAUUAUGAAGAAUUAAAACUUCAAUACGCAAACAAUAUAUUGGCAAUCGAACAAAAUAAUGAAAUUAUUGUAAGUCUCAAUGAACAAAUAUUAGCAUCAAGACAAGAGAAUGUUUCUUUUGAUGAAAGACUCAAAUCAAAAAAGAUAAAACUCAAGGAAGCAAAACAACCAAAUUAG